CGUGUCUAAGCGAGAACAGUAGCCAAUUGGAUGCGCGUGGAAGGCGGAGCCUCUGUUUCUGGAUUCCUCGUCCACAGCCACACGUGACGCGCUGGAGUCGCAGGCGGAGUGCAGCAUCAGUGAGCACGGACUAUGGAGCUGAAGAUGCGGUUAUGUGUGGCACUGCUCUCUCUGAGUCUGUGUCUGGGCCUCAUGGGUCAUGUGAGGGCGCAGGAGGAGGCCGAUGACAUGGAGAUGGACGUGGAAGAUGCCAUCGAUGACAUGCAAGAGGAAGAUGUUGAGGAAGAGGAACAGCAAGUCCCUGCUUCCCCGCCAGUGCCCACGGUGACAUAUAAAGCCCCAGAGCCGAUGGGAGAGCACUACUUUGCGGAGUCAUUUCAUAAAGGAACACUUCAUGGAUGGGUUUUAUCCCAGGCCAAGAAAGAUGGCAUCGAUGAGGAAAUUGCAAAGUAUGAUGGUAAAUGGGAGGUUGAGGAGAUGAAGGACACUAAACUCCCCGGAGAUAAAGGGCUGGUGUUGAAAUCUAAAGCUAAGCAUCAUGCCAUCUCUGCUCUUCUACUGCGACCUUUCACCUUUGACACCAAACCGCUCAUCGUCCAGUACGAGGUGAACUUCCAGACUGGCAUUGACUGUGGCGGCGCUUAUGUUAAACUGCUGUCUCAAACCCCUGAUCUUGAAUUGGAGGAGUUUGUGGAUAAGACGGCGUACACCAUCAUGUUCGGGCCUGAUAAGUGUGGUGAGGAUUACAAACUGCACUUCAUCUUUAGACACAAGAACCCAAAAACCGGCGAGUUUGAGGAGAAGCAUGCUAAGAAGCCCGACGCAGACCUGCGCACAUACUACACCGACAAGAAGACCCACCUCUACACACUGGUGCUGAACCCUGAUAACAGUUUUGAGAUCCUGAUCGACCAGACGGUGGUGAACAGCGGCAGUCUGUUGAAUGAUAUGACUCCCCCCAUCAACCCCCCGGCCGAGAUCGAGGACCCCGAUGACCACAAACCAGAGGACUGGGACGAGAGACCCAAGAUCCAGGACCCAGAUGCUGUCAAACCUGAGGACUGGGACGAAGACGCUCCUGCUAAGAUUCCUGAUGAAGAUGCUGUGAAACCCGACGGCUGGUUGGACGAUGAGCCGGAGUACAUCAGUGACCCCGAUGCCCUCAAGCCAGAAGACUGGGAUGAGGAUAUGGACGGCGAGUGGGAAGCACCUCAGAUCCCCAAUCCUGCCUGUGAAACCGCCCCCGGCUGCGGCCUGUGGCAGAGACCAGUGAUCGACAACCCCAACUACAAGGGCAAGUGGAAGCCACCAAUGAUUGACAACCCUAAUUAUCAGGGAGUGUGGAAGCCCAGGAAGAUCCCUAACCCAGACUUCUUUGAGGACCUGCACCCGUUCCGUAUGACUCCAAUCAGCGCCGUCGGUCUGGAGCUCUGGUCCAUGUCCUCUGAUAUCUUCUUUGACAACUUCUUCGUCACCUCUGAUCGUAAUGUGGCCGAGCGAUGGGCGGCUGAUGGCUGGGGUCUGAAGAAAGCAGCUGAGGGAGCCGCAGAGCCCGGUCUGGUGAAUCAGAUGAUAACAGCUGCUGAAGAGAAACCCUGGCUCUGGAUCGUCUACGUCUUGACUGUGGCUGUGCCUCUGGUGCUCAUCAUUGUCUUCUGCUGCACCGGAAAGGUAAGUGUGUCGUCCACAUCUGCUGCUGAGUACAAGAAGACCGACGCACCACAGCCAGAUGUGAAGGAGGAAGCCGAGGAAGAGGAAGCCAAGGAGGAGGAAUCAGAAGCAAAGAAGAGUGAAGAAGAGGACUCCACAGGAGAAGCAGAGGAGGCUGCGGGGAAUGACAACAAAGACGGCAACACAUCCAGCGAGAAAUCAGAGGACGACAUUCUGAGAAGGUCUCCCAGAAGCAGGAAACCGAGAAAGGACUGAUGGACUUCCUGAAUCUGUAUAUCCCAACACCCCUCUCCUCCCGCUCCAUCUUUCCUCCCCUCACUCCCACGUCCCCUCCUGCCCCGUCCCCCUUCUCCAUCCCUGCCGCCACGAUGAUGGUCAGCGCGAAACAGUGCGGUCUGCCACUCGACCAGCAGCCAAACGAACGCCUCCUCAAGCGGCCUUGAGGAUGUCGAUGGUUACCACAGCGACGAUGACGCUCAAAUAGCAUAGAAACUUUCUCCGUAACUAACAAUGAAACACAAUCUUUGUUACCAUUCCUGAACUUUCAGCUGUCACACACACACACACACACACACACUUCCAGACAGUGUUCCUGAAGCCUAACACAUGACCACACUAUGGCACACUUGGUAUUGCAAGGUUUACAGGCCAGCAGCUUUAUUCCUUUAUUCUAGAAUUACUCAAGAAGCCAUUGGUGAUUGAUUGGAUAUAUGUUCAUUAUAAACUAAAACUUGAUUGCUUGGAUAUACACCUAGGUUUUAACUAGUUUAAUUUUCUGUUCCAUGAGGUUCAUCAUUUUGUCGUGACAUAGACUGAGUGUCCAGUAAAAGGCCAAACCAUGACCUCAGUAAGGUAUCCAGGGAGAAUGCCAGGUAGAUUCGUAGGCUCUAGUGUACUGCCUUACUUGUAGGAUACAAGAUUUGCUAAUAUUUGUUUCAGUGAAUGUACUGUGAGUUUUUUCUGUUUUAUUUUUUCUUCUUCUUUUGUUUUUGCUAUUCAAAUGGAGUUUUUACUAAAUCAUGGAUUGCUGUACAAAUGUGUUUUCUGGUCUUGAACUGAUGUAGAUUCUAACCUGCUCAGCCCAGUAACGGGACAGUUUUUACUUUCUUGCCCUCAUUGUGUUAUGUGUAUGAUGGUAACUGUGGAAAUUUUUCUCUUUUCUCACUGUGAUGUCAUAUCCUGUCCAGCCAAUAUUAGCAGCAGCAGCAGCUUCCAUUUCUUUGAACCAAUUAUGUUCACACCACGAAAGAAUGAGGACUAAGUUAUUUCCAGUUUGAAUGUUUAAGGGUGAAUCUCGUGUCACAUUUCAGCCUGAUGGAAAAAGAAAACAAAAUAAUAAAUUCUACAAAUUAUUGCACUAACAAGAAUGUGCAUAGAUAGGCUUCAUUUUUAGAUAAAAUGUCAUUUGUUUUGCGUUUCUGUCGAAAGCUGGAAUGUGGCAUGGAUUUUGUCCAAAACUCUGUUUUCUAGAAAGUGUCACUCAAAGAGAAAACAUGGAGAGAAAAAAAACUGUCCUGGGUGUAAAGCAAGCUGUUAAAGUUAUUUCCUCCUCCGUUUCUCAUUGACUCCGCCCCUAAAUAUUUGACCCCGAAGAUAUGAAAAAGGCACUAUUAGGGGCUUUCCCUGAUCUAAAGUAUUCUUGAAGUUACUUGUUUAUACUCUCAAUAUGGCAAGCCGGACUCUUCUGUUCCUAUCUCAUCGAAGCAGUCAGGCGAGAUGCCGUAACGUGAGCUCUACCCCAAGACUAACGAAGAGUUGGCACUUUCAAAGGUAACUGAGAAAAACCAAAUCACACACACAUAGGCCAAUAUCUGCUGCUCUGCUCUUAAUAUCUCAUUUUGCUUCCUCUGAUGGGCAUCAUCUCCAGCUGUAAAUGUCCUGUGUGUACACCUGCGUUUUGGGCUGUCUUUCUUUUCUUUUCUUUGUCUUUUGGAUUACCAUUAUUUCACAAAUGUAGGUAAUUAAUAGUGUGGGUGGAUAGGAGGAUGGAUUGAGUGAUUUACUGGCAUCGUUGAACUUGUGAAACGGAGAUCGUGAGUCUGGGUGAUGAUUCUGGUCUUGCUGGGACGGUUUGGCAAAAAUCCAUCAUGUUACUCACAAACUAAAAUAAAAUAAUGAUUUGAACGAUU